CGCCCCCCGCGCCGGCUGGCCCCGCCCCCCGCGCCGGCUGGCCCCGACGCCCCUGCCUGAGUCAGGGCUUGCGGUUGCGUCGUGAGGUGGCACCGUCCUGGGUCCGCUCCCCCGCCGCUAUGGUCUCGGGUUCGCGCUGCCCGCCGGGCCCCUGGGGGCUCCUGGCGCUGCUGCUGCUGCUGCUGCUGCCGCCGCUGGCUCGCGGCACUUGUAAUUCUCCUCCAAGGUUGCAUUUUGCUGAGCUGCCUGGGGCUGUGAAUGAUUCCUAUCCUGUUGGGACCAAACUGAAAUACUCCUGUCGCCCAGGAUACAUUUUGAGCUCUGGAAAGUCUCCCUUGGUUACGUGUCUUGAAAAUUCAACAUGGUCAGUAGACCCUGAGUUUUGUGUAGGAAGACCAUGUAAACAACUAGAACUAGAAAAUGGCAGGGUUGAUUUAACGGAUCUCCGGUUUGGUGCGACGGCAAACUUCUCCUGUAAUGAAGGGCACAGAUUAAUUGGAGCGACUUCUGCCCAAUGUGUGCUUGUGGAAAAUAGAGUUGAUUGGGAUAAGGAGGUUCCACUUUGCCAAGCAAUACCUUGUCUUCCACCUCCUGAUAUCGCCCAUGGAUCCCAUAAUGGUCAGAGUGGAGAAGAGUUUUCCUUUGGCUCAGCGGUAACUUACAAAUGUGACACGGGCUUGUCUCUCAUUGGAGAGGCCUCCAUUCAUUGUACAACGAAAGAUAAUGUCAAUGGAGAGUGGAGUGGGCCUGCCCCUGAAUGCAAAGCGGUCAAGUGUCCAGAGCCAGAAGUCAAAAAUGGAAAAAAGCAAUCUGGGUUUGGAUCUGAUUAUUCAUAUGGAAACACUGUAAUAUUUGAAUGUGAUUCUGGCUACACUCUGCAUGGUAGCAGUUCAGUUAGAUGUGAUGCUAACAGUUCAUGGGUUCCAUCUUUGCCCACCUGUCGAGGCACUUGUGAUUCUCCUCCAAGGUUGAGUUUUGCUGAGCUGCCUGGGGCUGUGAAUGAUUCCUAUCCUGUUGGGACCAAACUGAAAUACUCCUGUCGCCCAGGAUACAUUUUGAGCUCUGGAAAGUCUCCUUUGGUUAUGUGUCUUGAAAAUUCAACAUGGUCAGUAGACCCUGAGUUUUGUGUAGGAAGACCAUGUAAACCACUAGAACUAGAAAAUGGCAGGGUUGAUUUAACGGAUCUCCGGUUUGGUGCGACGGCAAACUUCUCCUGUAAUGAAGGGCACAGAUUAAUUGGAGCGACUUCUGCCCAAUGUGUGCUUGUGGAAAAUAGAGUUGAUUGGGAUAAGGAGGUUCCACUUUGCCAAGCAAUACCUUGUCUUCCACCUCCUGAUAUCGCCCAUGGAUCCCAUAAUGGUCAGAGUGGAGAAGAGUUUUCCUUUGGCUCAGCGGUAACUUACAAAUGUGACACGGGCUUGUCUCUCAUUGGAGAGGCCUCCAUUCAUUGUACAACGAAAGAUAAUGUCAAUGGAGAGUGGAGUGGGCCUGCCCCUGAAUGCAAAGUGGUCAAGUGUCCCGAGCCAGAAGUUAAAAAUGGAAAAAAGCAAUCUGGGUUUGGACCUGACUAUUCAUAUGGAAACACCGUAAUAUUUGAAUGCGAUUCUGGCUAUACUCUGAUUGGUAGCAGUUCAGUUAAAUGUGAAGCUAACAAUUCAUGGGUUCCAUCUUUGCCAACUUGUCUAGGCACUUGUAAUUCUCCUCCAAGGUUGCAUUUUGCUGAGCUGUCUGGGGUCGUGAAUGAUUCCUAUCUUGUUGGGACCAAACUGAAAUACUCCUGUCGCCCAGGAUACAUUUUGAGCUCUGGAAAGUCUCCCUUGGUUACGUGUCUUGAAAAUUCAACAUGGUCAGUAGACCCUGAGUUUUGUGUAGGAAGACCAUGUAAACCACUAGAACUAGAAAAUGGCAGGGUUGAUUUAACGGAUCUCCGGUUUGGUGCGACGGCAAACUUCUCCUGUAAUGAAGGGCACAGAUUAAUUGGAGCGACUUCUGCCCAAUGUGUGCUUGUGGAAAAUAGAGUUGAUUGGGAUAAGGAGGUUCCACUUUGCCAAGCAAUACCUUGUCUUCCACCUCCUGAUAUCGCCCAUGGAUCCCAUAAUGGUCAGAGUGGAGAAGAGUUUUCCUUUGGCUCAGCGGUAACUUACAAAUGUGACACGGGCUUGUCUCUCAUUGGAGAGGCCUCCAUUCAUUGUACAACGAAAGAUAAUGUCAAUGGAGAGUGGAGUGGGCCUGCCCCUGAAUGCAAAGUGGUCAAGUGUCCCGAGCCAGAAGUUAAAAAUGGAAAAAAGCAAUCUGGGUUUGGACCUGACUAUUCAUAUGGAAACACCGUAAUAUUUGAAUGCGAUUCUGGCUAUAUUCUGAUUGGUAGCAGUUCAGUUAAAUGUGAAGCUAACAAUUCAUGGGUUCCAUCUUUGCCAACUUGUCUAGGAAGACCAUGUAAACCACUAGAACUAGAAAAUGGCAGGGUUGAUUUAACGGAUCUCCGGUUUGGUGCGACGGCAAACUUCUCCUGUAAUGAAGGGCACAGAUUAAUUGGAGCGACUUCUGCCCAAUGUGUGCUUGUGGAAAAUAGAGUUGAUUGGGAUAAGGAGGUUCCACUUUGCCAAGCAAUACCUUGUCUUCCACCUCCUGAUAUCGCCCAUGGAUCCCAUAAUGGUCAGAGUGGAGAAGAGUUUUCCUUUGGCUCAGCGGUAACUUACAAAUGUGACACGGGCUUGUCUCUCAUUGGAGAGGCCUCCAUUCAUUGUACAACGAAAGAUAAUGUCAAUGGAGAGUGGAGUGGGCCUGCCCCUGAAUGCAAAGGGCCGAACACUGGUACCAUGAUUGCUAUUGGAGUCGUCAUUGGUUUAUUGUUGGCUGGUGGAAUUGUUGCCAUUGUGACACACAAAGCUUGCUUUGGGGAAAAAGGCCCAUAUGAUGCAAAUCAGCGCUUCAGUGAUCUACAGGAAUGUGAAAAAAAAACUUGCUUGGGUCUUGAAAGCGUUUCUUUUUCAGAGGUCAGAUGCCCAGCCCCACAAAUCCAGAAUGGAAGAAGAGUAUCUGGUGAUAGACGUGUCUAUUUAUAUAAUGACAGUGUUACCUUUGAGUGCGAUCCCGGCUACACCAUGAAGGGUCACAGUCUGAGUCGGUGCCAAACUGAUGACACGUGGGAUCCACCUCUGCCAGUUUGUGAGCCAGAGGUUCUCUGCAGCUCCCCAGAAAUCCAGAAUGGAAGAAAAGUAGCUGGACAUGGACCUGUCUACAGACCCAGGGACACGGUUAGGUUUGAAUGUGAUCCUGGCUACACCAUGAACGGGAGCCGUCAGAUUCAGUGCCGAGAUGAAGGAACCUGGGAUCCUCCUGUUCCAGCCUGCACACAGAUGUUGCCGUGUCCCCCACCUCCGGUCAUUGUCAAAGGGACGCACAAUGCCAAGCCAUUGGCAGCUUUCCCCAGUGGAACAUAUGUGAACUACAGCUGUGAACCUGGCUACACCCUCCGUGGAGAGGCUUCGAUCUAUUGUACCACAUCUGGAACUUGGAGCCACCCUUCUCCUCUGUGUGAAGGCGAAUGGAUUUUCGGUUGGUUUCUUCCUUUUGUCCCACCUGACGUGGUACAUGCCUGCAGAAUAGAUAUGGUUCUUUUUUUCUCAUAUGUAUUUCCUUUCUUCCCAGUUGGCUGUGGAGUCCCAACCCGGUUAAGCUUUGCUGAGCUGAGGAAUGAGUAUAAAAAUCAGAAUAACUUUUCUGUUGAGGAGACUGCAAAAUACACUUGUCGGUCUGGAUAUAGAAGAGACCCACAGCUACAACCCGUUAUUACAUGCCUUGAAAAUGGAAGCUGGUCAAAAGCACUCGAGUUCUGUAAAAAGAAAUCGUGCGGUCAUCCAGGAGAGCCGGAGAACGGCAGAGUUAUUGUAACAGAUAUCCAUUUUGGGUCGACCGUCAACUUCACGUGUGAAGAAGGGCACCGGUUGAUUGGACAGCCUUACAGACGAUGUGAGAUUUCUAGCACGCGUGUUGCAUGGAGUGGUGAUGUUCCCAUUUGUGAGCGUAUUCCGUGUCUUCCGCCUCCUGACAUCCCCAAUGGAAGGCACACUGGGGUGAUAAUGGAGGACUUCUCUUAUGGCUCAGCUGUAAUUUACGAAUGUGACAAUGGUUACCCACUCACUGGAGAGGCCUCUAUUCACUGCACAACCAAGGACGGGCUAAACGGAGAGUGGAGUGCGCGUCCCCCUCGGUGUGGAGAGGUCAGAUGCCCAGCCCCACAAAUCCAGAAUGGAAGAAGAGUAUCUGGUGAUAGACGUGUCUAUUUAUAUAAUGACAGUGUUACCUUUGAGUGCGAUCCCGGCUACACCAUGAAGGGUCACAGUCUGAGUCGGUGCCAAACUGAUGACACGUGGGAUCCACCUCUGCCAGUUUGUGAGCCAGAGGUUCUCUGCAGCUCCCCAGAAAUCCAGAAUGGAAGAAAAGUAGCUGGACAUGGACCUGUCUACAGACCCAGGGACACGGUUAGGUUUGAAUGUGAUCCUGGCUACACCAUGAACGGGAGCCGUCAGAUUCAGUGCCGAGAUGAAGGAACCUGGGAUCCUCCUGUUCCAGCCUGCACACAGAUGUUGCCGUGUCCCCCACCUCCGGUCAUUGUCAAAGGGACGCACAAUGCCAAGCCAUUGGCAGCUUUCCCCAGUGGAACAUAUGUGAACUACAGCUGUGAACCUGGCUACACCCUCCGUGGAGAGGCUUCGAUCUAUUGUACCACAUCUGGAACUUGGAGCCACCCUUCUCCUCUGUGUGAAGGGGGCUGUGGAGUCCCAACGAGGUUAAGCUUUGCUGAGCUGAAGAGCGAGUAUAAUCAGUCUUCCUUUCCUGUUGGGAAAACUAUAAACUAUACUUGCCGGCCUGGAUACAGUAGACACCCGCAUAUGCAAUCCACUAUUACAUGCCUUGAAAAUCGAACGUGGUCAGAAGCAUUCGAGUUCUGUAAAAAGAAAUCGUGCGGUCAUCCAGGAGAGCCGGAGAACGGCAGAGUUAUUGUAACAGAUAUCCAUUUUGGGUCAACCGUCAACUUCACGUGUGAAGAAGGGCACCGGUUGAUUGGACGGCCUUACAGACUAUGUGAGAUUUCUGGCACGCGUGUUGGAUGGAGUGGUGAUGUUCCCAUUUGUGAGCGUAUUCCGUGUCUUCCGCCUCCAGACAUCCCCAAUGGAAGUCACACUGGCAAGUUCACGAAAAACUUCUCUUUUGGGUCAGCUGUAACCUACAAAUGUGAAAAUGGUUACUUGUUCACUGGAGAGGCCUCUAUUCACUGCACAACCAAGGAUGGGCUAAACGGCGUGUGGAGUGCACGUCCCCCUCAGUGUGGAGAGGUCAGAUGCCCAGCCCCACAAAUCCAGAAUGGAAGAAGAGUAUCUGGUGAUAGACGUGUCUAUUUAUAUAAUGACAGUGUUACCUUUGAGUGCGAUCCCGGCUACACCAUGAAGGGUCACAGUCUGAGUCGGUGCCAAACUGAUGACACGUGGGAUCCACCUCUGCCAGUUUGUGAGCCAGAGGUUCUCUGCAGCUCCCCAGAAAUCCAGAAUGGAAGAAAAGUAGCUGGACAUGGACCUGUCUACAGACCCAGGGACACGGUUAGGUUUGAAUGUGAUCCUGGCUACACCAUGAACGGGAGCCGUCAGAUUCAGUGCCGAGAUGAAGGAACCUGGGAUCCUCCUGUUCCAGCCUGCACACAGAUGUUGCCGUGUCCCCCACCUCCGGUCAUUGUCAAAGGGACGCACAAUGCCAAGCCAUUGGCAGCUUUCCCCAGUGGAACAUAUGUGAACUACAGCUGUGAACCUGGCUACACCCUCCGUGGAGAGGCUUCGAUCUAUUGUACCACAUCUGGAACUUGGAGCCACCCUUCUCCUCUGUGUGAAGGGGGCUGUGGAGUCCCAACGAGGUUAAGCUUUGCUGAGCUGAAGAGCGAGUAUAAAAAUCAGUCUUCCUUUCCUGUUGGGAAAACUAUAAACUAUACUUGCCGGCCUGGAUACAGUAGACACCCGCAUAUGCAAUCCACUAUUACAUGCCUUGAAAAUCGAACGUGGUCAGAAGCAUUCGAGUUCUGUAAAAAGAAAUCGUGCGGUCAUCCAGGAGAGCCGGAGAACGGCAGAGUUAUUGUAACAGAUAUCCAUUUUGGGUCAACCGUCAACUUCACGUGUGAAGAAGGGCACCGGUUGAUUGGACAGCCUUACAGACGAUGUGAGAUUUCUGGCAUGCAUGUUGCAUGGAGUGGUGAUGUUCCCAUUUGUGAGCAGCUUAGAUGCCCAGCCCCACAAAUCCAGAAUGGAAGAAGAGUAUCUGGUGAUAGACGUGUCUAUUUAUAUAAUGACAGUGUUACCUUUGAGUGCGAUCCUGGCUACACCAUGAAGGGUCACAGUCUGAGUCGGUGCCAAACUGAUGACACGUGGGAUCCACCUCUGCCAGUCUGUGAGCCAGCAAUGUGCGUAAGCCCAGAAGUGGAAAAUGGAAGAACAAAUGGGGUACAGCCUGCCUACAGACCCAGCGACAUGGUUGUGUUCGAAUGCGACCCCGGUUACACCAUGAGCGGCAGCCCUGAAACUCAGUGCCAAGAUGAUGGUAGAUGGGAUCCUCCUUUCCCUGUCUGUGAAAGAUUGCUGCAGUGUCCCUUUCCUCCAGCCAUCACCAAUGGGAAGCCCAGCGUCCAGGCCUUGGCAGUGUUCACCACUGGAACAUCUGUAAAUUACAGCUGUGAGCCCGGCUAUUCUCUUAAUGGGCAGGCAUCUAUUUAUUGUGCGGCAUCUGGAAUAUGGAGCCCUCCCCCUCCUCAGUGUGAAGAGGUUAUCUGCAUCGCCCCAGAAAUCCAGAAUGGAAGAAAAGUAGCUGGACAUGGACCUGUCUACAGACCCAGGGACACGGUUAGGUUUGAAUGUGAUCCUGGCUACACCCUGAACGCCAGCCAUCGGAUUCAGUGCCGAGAUGACGGAACGUGGGAUCCUCCUGUUCCAGCCUGCACACAGGUGUUGCCGUGUCCCCCACCUCCAGUCAUUGUCAAAGGGACGCACAAUGCCAAGCCAUUGGCAGCUUUCCCCAGUGGAACAUAUGUGAACUACAGCUGUGAACCCGGCUACGCCCUCCGUGGAGAGGCUUCUAUCUAUUGUACCACAUCUGGAACUUGGAGCCACUCUUCUCCACUAUGUAAAGGUUCCUAUAACUUCAUCUCCGUAGUCCUCGGGAUCGCAGGUGGGUCGCUGCUGCUUCUCCUGGUUACCAUCAUUAUCUCAAGGAUUAUGUCUAAGCAGAAUGCAGGCUAUUACUAUACACAUGAAAACAGCAAGUACCGGAUGCCUUUGGCCCACAUAACUGAACAAAAAAAUUCAUUUGCACCAUAGCAGGCAGGAAACCACUUCUCCUCAUGGUGUGCAUUUUGCGUGGAGAACAUGGAAGCAUUUUCUUCACCUUCUUUGUGGGUAAUUUACAUUCUUGCAACGAGGUUCUCUAGGGGAAAAUGCAAAACCAUAGCAUAUAGCUGACGAAGCUGCUUCCAUUAGAUCCUUAUAGCAGUUUAGUUCAUUAAGUUCAACUUUACACAGCACAGACUGUAGCUUUUAGGCUGCCCUCCUGCUGUUUGUCCAUGAAAACGUCUUGCAUGCAGACUUCUGAGAUGAACAAGACACCCUGCAGCAUCAAGGAUACUUACUCCUCAGAUUAUGCUCUGGCCUUCUUUCCCUUUCA